AUGAAUUUUAGUCAAUAUAUACCAACAUUCAAUAAUUAUGAAACAACAAAUAAUACUAUAGAAUUAUUACCUAAGCAAGCAUAUCCUAAUAUAAAUUAUAUAUCAAUAUUUAAUCCUACUUUGGUUUCUUCAACUAGUGAAUCAAAUGAAGAAUUAUUAAAACAAAUUAUUAUCUUCAUUAAUGAUAAGACGCAUGGUCAAAUUGAACAAUUGAAAAUAGUGGGGUUAAUUAGAGGUAUACAAAGUUUAGUCAAUGAAUUUACAGAAUCUGAAGAACCAUUAAUUAUAAAAUCUGAAACUGAGUCAAGUAUCGUUAUCCAAUUAGAAUCUAAUUAUUUUAUAAUUUUCAAUAUUUCAACCACCGACAAAUUAAUACUACAUCAAUUGAGUGAAUUAAUAGCUAUAACAAAUCGACGAUUCACGUUAUUUAAUAAACCACUACAUUUAUUCUAUGAUUUUGAUAAAGAUGUGCUAAGAGAUAGUCUAGUUUCAUAUUGGACAAAUUUUAAAAAUUGCUAUAAUUCAUCAUACUUAAAGUAUCCUCCAACCUUAAACUGGAUAAAUAAUCUUAAUUACAAAGGAUUUCUUGGUUUAUUUCCAUACUAUAAGUCGUCAAGUUCAAAAUUGAAUAAUUUAGAACUAAAAGAGAGAAUUGAAGAUAUCGAUCAAACACCAAAAGGUAUAAUUAUAAGUUGUUUUAAUGAUGAAAUUACAAAAAAGAAUGGAAUUAUAUAUAAAGAUUCUUCCGGUCUUGAAGAUGACUCACUAAUUGAUAUAUUUAACUGGCUUGAGUUUAAUAAUUAUCAUGCUAAAACUUUUGAAGAAAAUGAAUUUAUUUCAAAUUUACCAAAACAGAAGUUUUAUGAAGAUGGUGGUGCUUUACAAACGUUAAAUCCCGUCAAUUUGGGUCAUAAUUUAGUAGUCACACCUUUAAAUUAUACCGUUUCAAGUGUUUCAAAUAUUUAUAAUGAACCUUCAAGUUGGUUAACUAUGCCAAAAUUUAUCACAAACUUGACUACUACAAAUGAAGAACAGCCAUUACCAAAAUCACAAGAUUCAGAAGCGACGGAAGAUACAGGAACUUAUCUUAUUGGAUUAAAUCAAGAGUCAAUAAGUAGAAAGAUAGUAUAUAUCAAAUCAAUCAGUGGAGAGAUAGACGAAUAUCAAUUAAUACUAUUCCAGAAUGGUAAUUUUUACAUAACACUAAUUUAUGAAUCAAGUAAUGUAAAUGUAGACAAUCCUACAUUUUACUCAGAUCUUCAACCACAUUUAAAUUUAAUAAUUGAUGAUUUAAUACAAUAUCAAUCAAACUUAUCAAAUAGUAUAUCAUCAUUGAAAUCAAUAUAUAAUAAUAAUCAACAACAAGAAAUAGAUUCAGAUUUUUUUUAUGUCAUAUUUGAUAAAGAUUCAAAAUCAUUCCAGACUUCAUUACCUUAUUUACCAUACAUUACAAAUCUCGAGAAUGAGAAAAUACGAUACUGGACAGCUAUAUAUUAUCUACACAACCAAAUAUUUAAUUUGUUUGCCGAUAUGAAUUGUUUUCAAUUUGAUGAAUUUUUUCAUAAAUGUACGACUAAUAAAUUGAAUAAUUGGAUGUUUUACUAUUUAAAAUACAAGAAUAAAAAUAUAAUUAUAAUUAAGAAUAAGAAUAAACAUCAUAAGGUUAAUGAGAGAGUCGUUGUUGAGAAAGGAUUGAUUGAUAAAUUGUCUGAUGGAAUUUAUGAAUAUGGUAGUUUAGGAUUUAUUGAGAAUUUAACUGAUGAUAUAAAGUAUUGGUUAGGUCAAGUCAAUUAA